GCCAUUUUGAAAAUCUUGUUGAUUCUGAGGAGCGGAGAGCGCGGUGCGCGCGUCACGCUAGACCGCGGCCAGCGCGCCUUCUCUUUGGUGCCCACCGCUGCCCUCCCGAGCCUCCUUGUGCCCACGCGCGCCAGGCCCACGGCGGCCCGGACUUGCGGUCCACAGCAUGUCCUCCUCGAGUCCUGCUGCGGAGGGAGAGGGAACCCCCGACCAGCCUGCGUCCGAGAAAGAACCCGAAAUUCCUGACCCGAGAGAGGAAAGUGAAGAGGAGGACGACGACGACGAGGAGGACGACGACGAGGAGGAAGAAAAAGAAAAGAGUCUCAUCGUGGAAGGCAAGAGGGAAAAGAAAAAAGUAGAGAGGUUGACAAUGCAAGUCUCUUCUUUACAAAGAGAACCAUUUACAAUUGCACAAGGAAAGGGGCAGAAACUUUGUGAAAUUGAAAGGAUACAUUUCUUUCUGAGUAAGAAGAAAACGGAUGAACUUAGAAAUCUACAUAAACUACUUUACAACAGACCGGGCACAGUGUCCUCAUUAAAGAAGAAUGUGGGUCAGUUCAGUGGCUUUCCAUUUGAAAAAGGAAGUACCCAGUAUAAAAAAAAGGAAGAAAUGUUGAAAAAAUUUAGAAAUGCCAUGUUAAAGAGCAUCUGUGAGGUUCUUGAUUUGGAGAGAUCAGGUGUAAAUAGUGAACUGGUGAAGAGGAUCUUGAAUUUCUUAAUGCAUCCAAAGCCUUCUGGCAAACCAUUGCCAAAAUCUAAAAAAACUUCUAGCAAAGGCAACAAAAAGGAACGGAACAGUUCUGGAAUGGCAAGGAAAGCUAAGCGAACCAAGUGUCCUGAAAUUCUGUCAGAUGAAUCCAGCAGUGAUGAAGAUGAAAAGAAAAACAAGGAAGAGACUUCCGAGGAUGAAGAUAAAGAAAGUGAAGAGGAGCCACCAAAAAAGACAUCUAAAAGAGAAAAGCCUAAACAGAAAGCCACUUCUAAAAGUAAAAAAUCUGUAAAGAGUGCUAAUGUGAAGAAAGCAGAUAGCAGCACCACCAAGAAGAAUCAAAACAGUUCAAAAAAAGAAAGUGAAUCUGAGGAUAGUUCAGAUGAUGAACCUUUAAUUAAAAAAUUGAAGAAACCUCCUACAGAUGAAGAGUUAAAGGAAACAGUAAAGAAAUUAUUGGCCAGUGCUAACUUGGAGGAAGUUACAAUGAAGCAGAUUUGUAAAAAGGUAUAUGAAAAUUAUCCUGCUUAUGAUUUAACUGAAAGAAAGGGCUUCAUAAAAACGACUGUUAAAGAGCUAAUUUCUUGAGGACAGAAACAGAUGACUUGUUCCAUGGACUUAAAGAUCUGAUUUAUACCAUUAUACCAGCAAAGAGAAUGUAUUUCUUUUUCUAAAUCCUUGCAAGCAUUGUUGAUAGAACUUACUGCUAACUUUUUUUAUCUUGAGUGUUAACGUAUAUUUGAGUUUGCCAUUUUAAAUUGCAUUUCUAUGCAGUUUUUAGUUUUUAAAAUUUUGCAUGGCAGUAAUUGUUCCUUGCUUUUAUAGUUGUAUUUUGUACAUUUUGGAUUUCUUUAUAUAAGAUCAUAGAUUCUUGAACUGUUGUAGUUUUUAGUGCACUUACUAGCUUAAGGUAUACUUUUAAUCAAGUAGAACAGAAACUAUUAUGACUGGCAUUUAUACAUGCAGAGACUAUUGCAGUAUUUAGUAUAUGAAAUAUUUUGAAUACACAUCUCUGUCAGUGUAAAAACUCAGUGAUUGUGUGUUCAUCAUAUUAAUAAUAUACAAGCUUCAGCUGUCCAGAUGACUAAAUUGGAACUUUUCUCCUGCAUGUGUAUAUGUCAAAUUGUCAGCAUGACAAAAUGACAGAUGUUAUUUUUGUAUUUAAAAAAAAAAAAAUGGUUGUAUAUAAAGUUUUUUAAUUUCUUUUGUGCAGAUCAAUUUUUAAACUCAUAGGUAGGUAUCUUUACAGCUAUAAACUAUGAAGUGUCAGUGUUCAGCCAGAUGGUAUCACGGAGCAGUGAAAGUCAGAAUUCAGUGAAAACACUGAAGGAACAGAUAGUUCUCUGCUUUACCUUGAAAGUGUCAUCAAUUUGUAGUUUUAGUGUUAACUCUGCAAGUGUCUUAUAGAUACAUUUUAUAUUAAGGAUAGACUAAAAUCAACACAUCAAAAUUCAGGAUUUUGCAGAAGAGUAGGAUUAUGUACAUUUGGCUUAUAAUAAAUGACUGAUUUUUAUUUACUGCUUUUGCCCAUAUAAAAUGCUGAUAUUUACAGGGAACCUGGCCAUCUUUACAAUUAUGACAGAAAGUACCAGGAGCAAUGCCAGAAGAUACUGUGUAGGCAAUAGUGGGUAUCUCUGACAAAGUAUUUCGCAAAAGUGAUAACAGACUUAUUUUUAACAUUAAAGAAAUUUAAUGUAUUGUGGAAUUAGAGCUAUUGGGUUUUAAGUUUUGGCUAGUCAGGAUUCUAGGUGAUCAACAUAUGGACCACCCCUGAAUGAGACUAAUUUGUCUUUUAAAUUGACUGUCUUAAUCAGUUUUAUUAAAUAAGCUCUGAAUUUUAAAGUAAACCAUGCUGCUUAUGAGAGAAUUAGGCCUUUGACAAACCAGUUGAGUGUUUAAAAUAAAAAUCUUUGCAUCAUAGAACAAAAAUAUGUUGAUUGUUAACAGGGAUUUUCAGUUUUGACUUGUUUCUUGAUAAAGACAUUAGAGAAUACAAAUGAAUGGAAUAAACUAAAUGAGACCUAAGAAUUGGCCUUUGAUUUUAAAUAUUUUGUUCCUAUAAACCGUCAAUAAAAAUAAAUC